AUAUUUGUAUUUGUAUCAGUAUUUAAUAAGUUUUUGCUUACAUUAUAUACACACACUUAUUUAAGAUUUAUACGUAAAGUAAAGCAAAACACCAAAACUAAAUUAAGCCAAGGCCCGCAGAUAGGGGCAACUGUUGAACCACUCUGUGCAGCUCGAAACGGUUGUUCAGGAAUUGCAGAGAUAUAGAGCGAAGAAAGUGAAUUAGUUCGAGUCGUGAGCUAUAUUUGUAUAGAAACUGCGAGGAGGAGCAUUAUCUGAAGAAGUAUAUCAAGAUGAUCUAUUUACAAUAUUGUUGCUUCUGUGUGGAUUUGCGCAUUGGCACAUUCAUUAUAGCAGCCUGUGAAAUACUAAUGGAUAUCAUAUUUGGAAUAUUCAUAGCGGUGUUUGGCGAGUCGGGAACACCCGAUCUGUGCCACAAGUUAUUUAUUGCAUUCAUGAUUUUGCACUUGAUUAGCGCUAUAUGUCUCCUGUUUGGCGCAAUAAAGCUGCGUCCGGGUUGCAUGCUGUUCUAUAUAUUGGUGACCAUGGUCAAAAUAUUGGCUAUGGUCAUACUGAUCAUAUCGGACAUAAUACUGCUGAUCUGGGUGCCAGUUAUAAUCAUGUAUGUGGUUAUGUUUGUGCUCGGCAUAUAUUUCUGGUUUGUCGUCUAUUCGUUUUACGCCGCCCUCGGAGGCAGUCUAUUCAUCUGAGUGUUAGACAGCGGCUGCCAGUGGAUUAUCGUUGUGAUCAAAUUCUAAUGUGGAUGUCAACAAAAUUGCCUUGCCUUAGCAAUCAAAACAAGAGAAAUACGAAAUAUAUUUACUACUCCACAAAAAUUGUUUGUUCUU